AUGGGUGGUUUCGGGGACUUCACGGACAUAUGCCACACGGCGCCCUUGCCGUUGUGUCCAUCCGUCGGACCCAUCACUUCCGUCUCGAGCGGCGUCGGCGUCGAAACCGACUGCUUCGCGCGAAAUAUCGAGCUGGCCAAUACCAUCAUCUUCCAGGGCGCAUCCAGUUUCAUACACAUUAUCGCUUUGGUCAUGACUAUAAUGAUGAUCUUACAUAUCCGAGGGAAAUUCACUGCCGUUGGUCGCAAGGAAAUCCUAGCGUUCUUCUACUUUUACAUGCUACUAUCGUUCAUCUCCCUCUGCGUCGACGCCGGUGUUGUUCCUCCAGGCUCCGAACCUUAUCCAUACUUCGUUGCGAUACAAUCCGGCCUCACGUCCGCGCUGAUCACCUGUCUAUUAAUCAAUGGAUUCGUCGGCUUUCAGCUCUACGAAGACGGCACCCCCUUGUCCGUAUGGAUGCUGCGGCUUUCCUCCUUUGCGGCUUUUGUCGUCUCGUUCCUCGUAUCGCUAGCUACGUUUAAGUCAUGGGCCGGCAUGGGACCGGCGAAUACAGUAGGCCUAUUCACGGUUCUAUAUCUCCUGAACGGCGUACAACUCCUCAUCUAUGUGGCUCUACAGAUUUUGCUCGUGGCCCGGACCUUGGAAGACCGCUGGCCGUUGGGAGAUAUCGCCUUCGGCCUCUUCUUCUUCAUUGUGGGGCAAGUCAUAUUAUAUGCGCUCAGUUCCACGAUUUGCCAAGCGACUAGUCAUUAUGUUGAUGGUCUGUUUUUCGCAACAACCUGCAAUCUGCUUGCUGUCAUGAUGGUUUACAAGUAUUGGGAUUCGAUCACGAAAGAAGACCUCGAGUUCUCCGUAGGUACACGGAUGAAUAACUGGGAAGUGAAAGAGCUUCUUCCCGAGGAGGAACGCCGUACUACUGUCUAUAUGGACGAACCUUACGGUCACUCUAGCCCUUACGACCAUUCCUCGUCUCCUUCAAGAAACCGAAUGUCCCGCUAUUAGUUGCCCGGUAUUGCGGAAUCUUCGGACGGCGAGAAGGAAGGAUCCGAGAGAGGAGACUGCGAGAAAGGAGGGAUUAUCUGCUUCGAGGUGGCCUGAAACGUUCAGAAGCAUGUUGCAUUUGCGAGGCGUCUUGGUUUGGUUGGUGAGCUCAUGUGGGCUCCAUUGGAGCAAUAGAUGAACAUAUUCAAUAUCAGGGUAUUGGCACUUGCAGCGAUUGCUGGAUUGCGAUUGCGAUUGCAUGCUUAAAAUGGACCUGAUGUGGCAACUGCGGCGACGACGGAAGUCGAGUAAUAUUUAUAUUGUACAUACUGAGUAUUUAACUACUACGAAUAUAUGAAUCUAUCUUGAUGGAAUUUUAAUCAACAGAUGCCCUUGCUACGUUUGGGUAGGUGUCGAUUGU